AGCUGGAUUCUUCAUCGGCAAGCCCACGUGCGCAGAGCCGGGUGGAUGUCACCGACAAACCACACCGCGGUCUUGAAGCGAUACACGUUGUUUCUCUCCACCUGAAUUUCACUCUCAGCUACGAGGCUGCUUUCUUUUCUUUGCUUUCCCCAUUUGGGUGUUCUCUUUCAUUGCGUUUUCUCAGCUACGUUUAGCCGCUGCCUCUGCUUCUUCUUCCUCUCCUCUACAUCGUAGCCAACAACCGUGGAGUCUUUAACUUCGCCAUGGACGACGCAGAGCCCACGAAGAACGAUCGCCGUAUCUACCAGGUGCUGCGUGACCACUGCGAUACCCCGCGCAUUCUCUUCUCCACCGCCGAUCCAGUCGCGCUCGACCGCGAUGGCACACGGAAGUUCGUGCUACUCUUCUGCACCAAGUACUACACCUACAUGAUUAAAGUGAAGGGCUUCAAGCUGUACGCGGUGUGGACCAACCGGCAGCUCUCCGUCACGGCGGAGCUGAGUAAAGUGACGCUGACCUGCCUCGACGCUCGGGCCAUCAGCAUCAGCACAACACCGAAGUCCUACAAGGAGACGACCGAUGCGGCGCUCAACGAGUUCAGCAGCGUCACGCUGACAACGGCCUCCGCGGCAGACGCGGAAGAGAUCGAGGAGCGCGUCAUGUACAUCGUGGAGAGCGCGCAGCGCACCGCCGCCUUCCUAGCACAACAGGAGCGCGGCGGCGGCUCCCUCAGCAACCGCGCCACGGGCGAUGAGGACGAAGACUCGCAGUCGGGGGGAUCGUCGGACAGCGACGACGCCGACAACGCAAGCCCGUCCGUCGCGCUGUCGAUGGCGGCCGCUGCGGCUCGCGGUGCGGCGCUGCAGGGCGAUGCGGCGAAGAAGAAGAAAGGCACCGACGCGGUGCUGAGCAUGGCGCCCUCCCGCUACAUCGCCAUCACCUCCCUCGUGGACGGCGAAUUCGCCGACUACACGACCUUGAAGAAUGCGUACAUGCGGCGGGAGGAGGAGGACCUCCUGCGCGACUUAGGCGUAUUCAUAACCGAAAACGAGGGUCAGGUGGAGGCGCUGUGCGAGCACCACUACCCGGCGCUGCUCCACGCCGCGCAGCAGUGCGUUGACAUCUCCGAGCGGGACGCCGAACUCGUCGGCGAGGAGCUGAGCGGCGCCACAACGCUGGUGCGCACCGCCGUCGUAAACAUGAAGAAGGUCACCUCGAACCUUUUGCUGUCGCGAAACACGCGCGACAACCUGCAGCAGGUACGCGGGCUGCUGUCCAAGUCCAUUGCGGUUGCCGAAUAUUUAGAGACGGCAGAGUCUCAGACGGACCGUCAGCAACUUGUCGGCGCCGUCACGACACUGCGCGAGUUAAUUCGGCUCGCCGCCCCCCUCAGCGAGUACGCCAUCGGCGAAUACAUACUGCACGUACGUGUGCCUGCCCUGUCGCAGGACGUGUUCAGCUACGCCGUGCAGCAGCUGAACAGCUGGCUGCGGGUGCUGCGCGACAAGGCGUACCCGAUAGGCCAGGCCGCCAUGAACUGGAAGGGCACGACAGCGGCGGGCUACCUAUCCUCGCACAUUGAGAUGGCAGACGCGAGUGAGCAAUGGUGGUUGAAGGAGGACUUCGUCCCGGCGCAGCUGCGGGCCGCUCCGUUUGCGGAGGCCGACGCGAUCACCGCCGUGUCGAACGGGGCGGGCAUCCAAGCCGUUUUUAUCGAGCUGCACCGCGAGGAGUACCUGGACAAGUACUACGGGGAGGGAAGGUGGCAGCAGGCGCGCGCGGACCUCCUCGAGGCACCGAUGGUGCUGACCGACCUGCCGCCUGCGGAGGUGCUGCGUAAGUUCACGCAGUACUGCGCCACGGCGCUGGGCUUUAUCUUGAUCGAGGACAUCGUGUACUGCGCCACCUCACCGCACCUACGCUCCAGUGCGGAAAUCAUUCAGCUGUGGGCGGUGCUGUCGAGCAAGGUGGCGGAGCACGCUCUCCACGUGCUGAAGGUGCUGCUGUCGGACCCCAACAAAACGGACGAAGCGGUGCAGGAAGUGCUCGUGCUGCAGUCGCUGAUCCGGUGUGCGGCGGACAACGUGAAGUGCGUGGAGGUGAGCAACCUGCCGCUCUCCCGCGCGAUGGAGACGUGCAGCGACGAGCUGAUCAGCUCGUGGUUGCAGCAGGCCUGCGUGGAGUGUAUGCUGCUCAUCAGCAGUGACGCCUUCAACCCCGCGACGGCCACCGACGCGACGCAGUUCGAAGACAAGGUUGCUCGCUUCCACUUCCACCGCUGCGUCUCGCUGGAGCUGCCGAUCCCGCCCGCGUACACCUCCGGUGUGGUGACACUCCCGUACAGCAACGUUGUGCCGCUGACGGGCGACUGCGUACUUAAGUUCCUGGGGCAGUGCUACACCACUAUCAUCACGGACCCGUCGACGGUGGUGAUGCCGUCGGAGCUGAACAACGUGGACGAGAUGCUCCUCAAGUACCUCACGCUGCUCUUCCGCACGAUGGCGGAGUCGAUGUUCGGUCAGCUCAUGACCUUGGGCAGCCGCUCCGUUGUGCAGCUGGCCGUCUUCGUCACGAGCUGCUCCAUGAUGCCGGUGCUGGUGUCGUGUGCGGAGCAGCAGUACAUGCUGCACUGGCAGUGUCAGUACGAGCGGGAGAAGACGCAGGCCAUGGGCUCGCCCAAGCUGAUGGCGGAUUGUGCGAAGCUGUUCUCCAAGUCGCUGCAGCAGGGAAUUGAACGGCUGCUCGCUGCGUUUAUGGGCGAGGUCGAAGACCGCCUGAAGAACGUCGACCUCAUUUCAUUUUGGAAGGCCCAGGUCGAGAGCCAGCGGCAGGGCAAGAAGGCGGAGGGCGACAACUUCAUGUCCUGCAUGGAGUACACCCUCAGCAUGAUCCCCAAACUCAACGCCGUGCUGCAGAGCACCGUGGUGCGCAGCGUCGUCGGCACGACCGUCACCCGGGCAGGGAUGCUGAUGCAGUCCAGCGUUGGCACCGCCAUCUCUACCGCCUACCGCGGCGGUGCACGCGACUUCCAACUCUGGCGUGACUGCAUCGACGAGUUUGAAAAGCAGUGCAACAACGGAGUGCCGGUGUGGCAGCGACGGCUCGGGGAGCUUCUGCCGGGGAUCAGCGCCGCCACUCGAUUUCCUCUCAACGGCACCGUCACGGCGCAGGAGGUGCGGCAGUCGUUGCUGCCGAAUGAGCAGGCGUACAACACGGAGAAGGCGAACCAGCCGCAGAUUUUGGCGGGCAUUGAAGGCGCCGGUAAGGUGAUGGCGAAGGGCUUCCAGGUAGUGGGCAAGGGCGUGGCUGCCACCGCGAACGUUUUCAAGAAGGAUCAGCAGCAGAAGUGA